AUGGCAGCUAAUACAACUUCAGAUAAUUAUGUGGCAUUAUUUCAAGAUUAUUCUCAUAUUUGCACAUGUUUACUUUUAUUUAGUGAAGGUUUGAGUCGUUGGUAUAAAAAGGAUGUUGAUCUAAAUAAAAUUGACGCUUUAGAUGAUUCCUUUAGUCAUAUUGGAAAUGAAAGUUCAACUACAGUGAUCAGAAUAUGGCAAAUUUAUGGGGAAUAUGCAGCAUUAGGACGAAAGUUAGCAUCCUUGGCAUCUGAAUUUCAUGUAACACAUAUUGCAGCUACAUUACGAGGUUUAAUUCAAGAAGUGGAGUUAUCUAAUACUAAUAAUUCAAUUAACAAUCAAGACGAAGAAAUAAUUCUUAAUCCAUUACAAGUUAAUACAAAAGGAAGACCUAAUAAAAGAUUGAAAUCAUUUGGGGAAAAAGGAUCAAAGGACUCUACAAGUAAAUCUACUAGUCGUUCUGGUGAUGGAUAA